UCAAGCAUGCGUCGUCGUCAUCGGUCGCGUCGGCCGUCGGUUAUAACGAAUUUACUGCGUCUGUGCUAAAUACAAAUACAGUAACAAGUUGUGAAUAUAAGUUACUUGUGGGGUUUCUUAUUGUUUCAAGACAAUUAUAAGAUAUGGUGAAACUCACUCCAGAACUCAUUGAGCAGUGCGCUCAAUACAUCAACCCAGUCAGGGACCGUGAACUUGAUUUGCGUGGCUACAAGAUCCCUGUUAUCGAAAACCUCGGAGCAACUUUGGAUCAGUUUGAUACAAUAGAUUUUUCUGAUAAUGACGUUCGGAAAGUUGAUGGCUUCCCGCUUCUCAAAAGACUCAGACACAUUUUGCUCAACAACAACAGAGUAUGUCGUAUUGGUGAAAACCUUGAAGAAUCUCUGCCGAGAUUGGAAACCUUAAUACUCACAAACAACAACAUGCAGGAGUUGGGGGAUUUAGACACACUUGUUUCGGUAAAAACUCUCACAUGUCUCAGUUUACUGAGGAAUCCAAUAACAAGUAAAAGACACUACAGACUCUAUGUGAUCCAUAAACUUCCACAAGUAAAACUUCUAGAUUUUAGGAAAGUUAAACAAAAGGAGAGGGAAGCUGCAUCAUUGAUGUUCAAAGGCAAGAAAGGACAAACUCUUGCUAAAGAUCUUGGAAAACGAUCAAAAACGUUUGUACCUGGUGCCGCUUUACCAACUGAAAAGAGCUCCGGACCCUCUCCAGCCGACAUCAAUGCAAUUAAGGUAGCUACCAUCUCUAUCGUAAUAUAUAGUGAUGCAAAUAGGAAUGAGUGAUGUAGCAACAGUUGUAAAUGGAAUAAUAAGAUGCCAAUAGGAUUUGCUAACAGUGACAAUGACAUGCUUAUAAAAAGACUUCAAAA